CAUCUGUAGCAGUAGCAGUACGUAAUAUUGGCAGCGGCAUUCGCAGAUCGCUCCACAACCUAAAACCCCAAAUCCACCUCCCAAUUCCCCUUUCUCUGAAAUCAAACGCCACAAUCCCUAACCCCUCUCUCGCUCUCGCUCACGCGCUUUUCUUCGCUCGGGUUCGUUUUUUGUUUUUUUGUUUUUUAUUUUUGUGGGGGAUAGAAUUCGUCUUUUGUUUUUUUUUUUUUUUUUUUUGAAGAGCAACAAAAUGGACAUAGAGCAAAAGCAAGCGGACCUGAUCGAGCACUUUGUGAAGCGAGCCUCGGCUCUCCAGGGCUCGGCCCUCGGGGCCCUCGUCGCCGACGCCACCUCGCACCCCUCCCUCUUCGCCUUCUCCGAGAUUCUCGCCGUUCCCUCCGUCCUUCAGCUUGAAGGAACUGAUAGUUCUGUGUACCUUGAUGUGCUUCGUUUGUUUGCACAUGGCACUUGGAGUGAUUACAAACGUAAUGCUGACCGUCUUCUGCAAUUGGUCCCUGAACAAGUUCUCAAGCUAAAGCAACUUACUGUGCUUACACUGGCUGAGACAAACAAGGUCCUACCAUAUGAUCAACUGAUGCAGGAGUUAGAUGUCACAAAUGUACGUGAACUUGAAGACUUCCUAAUCAAUGAGUGCAUGUAUGCGGGCAUAGUUAGAGGGAAGCUGGAUCAGUUGCGAAGAUGCUUUGAGGUUCAAUUUGCAGCAGGGAGGGAUCUAAGACCUGGUCAACUUGGCGGCAUGAUACAAACGCUGUCAAGCUGGUUGGCUACAUCAGACAAUCUACUUGUCUCAAUUCAAGAGAAGAUUAAAUGGGCUGAUAGCAUGAGUGAGUUGGACAAGAAACACCGGAAGGAGGUUGAGGAUAGGGUGGAAGAAGUAAAGAAGUCCCUUUCACUCAAGAAGUUACACACUGUAAGCAGGCCGACAUUGACUUCCGAGGGCAUGAGGAGAUCUACUCUGAACCUGGUGGAGUGAUGGACUACGAGGAGGACCGAAGUCGUCCCAAGAGGAGGCGGCAUCCGAUUGCUUGAACGAAUACAUGGAUGGAGGGAGCUCAUGGGAUUGGCUUUGGGCUUCGCCUGUUAUUUUUUUUUUGUCUGUUCAUGGAUUCAAGCAACGGAUGGUUCUGCAUUUGGGGACAAUGAUUCUUCAUUGAUGGUGAACUUGUCAUUGUUGCUAUAAUCAUUAGCUUGUAUUCCUGAGUCAGCAAGAAAAAGACCAGAUUUGGUGGUGCGGCUUAAAUGUUUUUUUGUUUAUGUAGCUAGGUACUUGUGGCUAUUGAUGUUGCGUAUUAAUUUGUCUUGUGAAGAAAAUGGCUGCCUGCAAUAGUUUCAGAUGUCUGGGCUACCCAUUAAUAGUAUAUUUGUUUCAACAUAUCUUUAAAUGUCUUGUUUCACAGUUAGAGUUCUGAAUGCUCAGUAUGCCUACCCAUUUAGCUUGCUGGAUCUGCUCUUUA